GUUUCAAAAACCUACGUACAUCAUAUACUAGAAUAUAAAGAUAAGCUAAAGAAGCUGUUGGGUUCAUACCCCAUUUAUAAAGGUGUACCCCUUUUCUUUAUAAUUAAAUUGAUGAAAUCCCUAUUUUUAAUUAUUAUAAUACUUGGAACUUUAAUUUCCGUUUCUGCUUAUUCCUGAAUUAAUGUUUGAAUUGGUUUAGAAAUAAAUCUUCUUGCUUUUAUCCCCCUUAUUAAUUCUGAUAAUUAUAAAUACUCUUCUGAAACUUCAAUAAAAUACUUUUUAGUUCAAGUUUCAGCCUCAAUAUUUAUCAUAUUUGCAAUUCUUUACUCUUUCUUUGAUUUAAACUCAUUUGAUAAACUAAAUGAAAUAUCAAAUUUUGUGUUUAAUUGUGCAGUAUUAAUAAAAAUAGGAGCUGCCCCGUUUCAUAUAUGAUACCCAGAAGUUGUUUGAGGAAUAAGUUGAGCUAAUGCUUUAUUAAUAUUAACUUGACAAAAAAUUGCCCCUAUAAUUUUAAUUAUAUAUAACUUUAAAAUAAAUACACUUUUCUAUCUAAUUAUUCUAAUUUCUAUAACAGUAAGAGGAGUAAAGGCAUGAAAUCAAACUAGGAUAAAAAAAAUUUUAGCCUUAUCAUCAAUCAACCAUAUAGGAUGAAUAAUAGGAAUAAUAUUUUUAAACCAAUCUUUAUGAAUCUUAUACUUUAUUGUAUACCUAUUUAUUACUACUAAUUUAAUUUUAGUUUUAAAUAAAUAUAAUAUUAAUUCAACUUAUGAAUUAUUUAGUUUAAUAAACUUAAAUAAAACAACAAAAUUUUUUUUCUUCAUAAAUUUAAUCUCAUUAGGAGGGAUUCCUCCUUUUUUAGGAUUUUUCCCUAAAUGAAUAGUUUUAAAAAUUUUAAUAGAAAAUGAAAUAUAUUUUUUAGCAUUUCUAAUAAUUUUCCUUACUUUAAUUAGAUUAUAUGUUUAUAUUCGAAUAAUUUUCCAACCUAUAACCUUUAAGGCACCCGAAAAAAAAAAUACUUUCAAAAAUUACGACUCUUUUUUUAUUUUCGUAAUAAACUUCAUUAACUUAGCUGGAUUAAUUAUUUUUACGCUAAUCUUCAAUUUGUAUUAAGGAUUUAAGUUAAAAAAACUAUUAACCUUCAAAGUUAAAAAUAGAAAUAUUCUAAGCCUUAGGAUGUAUCCACCUAUAAAUUUGCAAUUUAUAAUCAUAUUUGAAUAUAAGGCUUUGAUAAAGGAGAAUUCUCAUGAAUAAAUUUACAAUUUAUCGCUUAUUAUCGGCCACUUUAUCGAAUAAAUGAUUAUUUUCUUCUAAUCAUAAAGAUAUUGGAACAUUAUAUUUCUUAUUCGGAAUAUGAGCCGGAAUAAUUGGGACCUCUUUAAGAAUUUUAAUUCGUCUUGAAUUAGGAACUACUAAUAGAUUAAUUGGAAAUGACCAAAUUUAUAAUGUAAUUGUAACAGCUCAUGCCUUCAUUAUAAUUUUUUUUAUAGUUAUACCAAUUAUAAUUGGAGGAUUUGGAAAUUGACUUGUUCCUUUAAUAAUUGGAGCACCUGACAUAGCUUUCCCUCGAUUAAAUAAUAUAAGAUUUUGACUACUCCCACCUGCCUUAACCUUACUUAUUAUUAGAAGAUUAGUGGAAAUAGGUGCAGGAACUGGAUGAACUGUCUACCCUCCUUUAUCCUCUAACUUAGCUCAUAAUGGGCCUUCAGUAGAUUUAGUAAUUUUUAGUUUGCACUUAGCAGGUAUCUCAUCUAUUUUAGGAGCCGUAAAUUUUAUUUCAACUAUUAUAAAUAUACGACCAUUUGGCAUAAACCUUGAUAAGACACCUCUUUUUGUAUGAUCAGUACUAAUUACUGCUAUUUUACUUUUAUUAUCAUUACCUGUAUUAGCCGGGGCAAUUACAAUAUUAUUAACAGAUCGUAAUAUUAAUACUUCUUUUUUUGAUCCAAUAGGAGGGGGAGAUCCCAUCCUUUAUCAACAUUUAUUUUGAUUUUUUGGACAUCCUGAAGUUUAUAUUUUAAUUCUUCCAGGAUUUGGGAUAAUUUCUCAUAUUAUUACCCAAGAAAGAGGUAAAAAAAUUGCAUUUGGGGCAUUAGGAAUAAUUUAUGCUAUAUUAGCCAUUGGACUUCUAGGAUUUGUAGUAUGAGCUCACCAUAUAUUUACGGUAGGAAUAGAUGUAGAUACACGAGCAUACUUUACUUCAGCUACUAUAAUUAUUGCUGUACCUACAGGAAUUAAGAUUUUUUCUUGAUUAGCAACCUUGCAUGGGAUUCAAUUUAAUUUAACUCCCUCAUUACUAUGAACUUUAGGAUUCCUAUUUCUAUUUACUAUUGGAGGAUUAACAGGUGUAAUUUUAGCUAAUUCAUCUAUAGAUAUUAUCCUUCACGAUACUUAUUAUGUAGUAGCCCAUUUCCAUUACGUACUUUCCAUAGGAGCUGUAUUUGCUAUUAUAGCAGGAUUUGUACAUUGAUUUCCUUUAAUAACAGGAUUUAAUAUAAAUAAUAAACUACUAAAAAUUCAGUUUUAUUUAAUAUUUUUAGGGGUAAAUAUAACCUUUUUCCCUCAACAUUUUUUAGGAUUAAAUGGUAUACCUCGUCGUUACUCAGAUUAUCCUGAUGCUUACUGCAUAUGAAAUAAAAUUUCCUCUAUUGGUUCUGUAUUCUCUUCAAUUAGAGUAAUUUUUAUACUAAUUAUUAUAUGAGAAAGAUUUUACUCUAUACGAAUAAGAAAAUUUAAUUUUAACAUUCCUACUUUAAUUGAAUGAUUCCAACUCAGUCCUCCAAAUGAACAUAGAUAUUCAGAGAUCCCUAUAUUAGCUAUAAAAUUCUAAUAUGGCAGAAUAGUGCAUUGGAUUUAAACCCCAAUUAUAAAGUUACCUUUUUUUAGAAAUAGCUACCUGAAAAUCUAGUUUAUUUUUAGAUAGAUCUUCAUUUCUUCUAGAACAAUUAAGAUUUUUCCACGAUCACGCAUUAUUAAUUUUAACAAUAAUUACCUGUACUGUAGCUUAUAUCAUAUUAAGAUUACUAUUUAAUAAAUUCAAUCAUCGAUUUUUAUUAGAAGGACAUACUAUUGAAACUAUUUGAACAAUUCUUCCAGCUUUUACUUUAAUUUUUAUUGCUUUACCUUCUCUUAAAUUAAUUUACCUUAUUGAUGAAAUUCGUAAUCCAUUGAUUACCUUAAAAACUAUUGGGCAUCAAUGAUAUUGAACCUAUGAAUAUUCAGAUUUUAAAAAUUUAGAAUUUGACUCCUAUAUAAUUCCUUCCAGAGAUAUUAAUAAUUUUAAUUUUCGAUUAUUAGAAGUUGAUAAUCGAACUGUUUUGCCAUAUCUUUCUCAUGUUCGAUUAAUUACCUCUUCUGCUGAUGUAAUUCAUUCAUGAACUAUCCCUUCUUCAGGGGUAAAAAUUGAUGCUUCUCCCGGACGACUAAAUCAAAUUAGAUUUACACUAAACCGUACAGGGAUUUUUUAUGGGCAAUGUUCUGAAAUUUGUGGGGCAAAUCACAGAUUCAUGCCUAUUUCUAUUGAAAGAAUUUCCCCUAAAAAUUUUAUCAAAUGAAUUGAAAACUUUU